AUGGAGUGGUCUUCAAAAUCUGCUUCAAGGGCCUAUCUUGAUACCCUUCAACUGUGUGAGAAUAAAAAAAGACAAUAUGGAAAUUGGAGAGUUCAAAAUCCGGGAAGCAAUGAAUUUGUAUCAGCAUUAGCAGCAGGAAUGAAAGCCAAAGUUAUGGUAGAAGUGACAUAUUGUGUGUCCCUGUACACAAUUGCUCUAGCAGUUGCUGCAAGACAAACAGGUGGCAGAAUGGUGUGUAUGAUUCCCGAGUCACUCCUUGAUGAGUCAAAAGAAGUUAUCAUCAACUCAGGGCUUGAAGACCAAGUAGAAUUUAGAACUGAAGACCCCUCAAAGCUAUUAUCCUAUUAUGAGAACAUUGAUUUUUUUCUAGUUGAUUGCAAGGAUGAGAACUACACAAACUUGCUCAAACUGGUUGAUCUUAAUCUCAAAAGAUCAAUAGUGGUGGCCAAAAAUAUGCUAUGUGAUAAAAAAGGAUUAAGAUGGCAUCUAAGAGAAAAAUACGAGAGAUUAGAAGUAAGAUAUAUAAACCAUCCUUUAGGGAAUGACAUGGGAGUUACAUGCAUUUGCAUGAAUGAUGACAGAAAUAAGAGAAGUGGGGUUAAAGUAGAUUGUGGGAAGAAAAGAAGAAAGAGUUCAUGGAUUGCCAAAUUUGAUGAGGAGAGUGGUGAGGAACAUAUUUAUAGGGUACCUCAGGUUGAUUAG